AUGGAACAGCCAUUCUCGACUUCCAAAGUCACAGUCGAGUAUUUCGACCCCCAUGGAGUCUUCAAGCUCCUAGCUCCAGGAUUAGUACCCCGACUCCCCUUGCGCAAUCUUCACUGGCAGUCGCAUGCCGGUCCCUUGCGGUCUAUCGACACCCUCCAUGUCGAAUUACUUGCAGCAGGCGACAAGAGCUCCACAACCUCGCCGCUGUCGUCUCCGCCUGUUCUUCCGCAGCGACCCGAAAACGAUGGCUUCCAGACGCAGAUUGGGGCGCCAGCGACCCCAUUGUCUAUCGCGGUUGAGCAGACUUCGCACCGCAAGAGCCUGCCUACGCGGCGACAUCAGAUCCCAGGCCUGAGACGGACCCCCUAUCUCAAGGUGCUACUGGUACGGUGCGACGACAACGAUACCUACAAGGGGCAUGUCAGGCAGGAGAUUCGGGAUUGGCUCAAGGAAAACACGCCGCCAUCGAGCACCAAGAAGGUCAACACGGCCGAGAACCACGAUGCCUUCGAAUGGCUGAUUGUCCACGUCGUAAUACCCAAUACCGUUGCCGCGACGCAGCCUCGGAAGUCAGAUUCGGGUUCUGGGACCGACAAGACAUCAGCUGCGUCGCGCUGGCGCCCAGGAUCUAGCACGCUCCUCGAGAAACUGAGGUCUGAUUUUAAUACCUCGAGUAAGAGUGGCACGGAUCGCAUCGCGCAGAUCCGUAUCGGGGUUAAUGACGUCCCAUACGACAUCCUGCCUCGAGUUGUGCCGGCGGUACCCAGUGGCUACACGGAAACGGAUCAGGAGACGGAGAACUCGUGGACCGACCUGCUAUCUAAGUUCCGGGGCUUGAUCUUGUCUAGUUUCGACCUGCGCGUGAGCCAGUACGAGGAGGACAUCAAGGAAAAAGAUGCACAGAGGGCUUUGCCUGGGUGGAACUUCUGCACAUUCUUCAUCCUGAAGGAGGGACUUGCCCGGGGUUUCGAGAGCGUUGGCCUAGUUGAGGACGCGCUGGUGGGCUACGAUGAGCUCAGCGUCGGACUUGACAUGAUUCAGGACCAGCCUCUGGGUGAAUCGGGCUCGGCCGCCAAUGCGCUUUUGGGGUAUACUGAAGAGUUGAAACAAAUUGCGCUCCAGGCCAAAGCAGCCGUUGCCGUGACAGAGACCGAAGAAGAUGAACUCGUCGAUUUGCAGUCGUCCCAGGCAGCGAGCGCUCAGUCCAAGGAUGCUUACGAUGAUAUCCCGAUUAGUUCCAACAAGAAGCCCUAUCGCGACAUGAUUGUCGCCAAUAACGUUUCGGUCUUUGAUUUCCGAUGCUACAUCUUUGCAAGGCAGAUAGCCCUCCUCCUUCGACUUGGCAAUGCCUGGUCUACCAGGGAAGAGCUAUUGGCCAAACUGCGUGAGCAGCAAGAGUCUGUGUUGCAUGGCGUUGCCCCUAGAGCGCCCCCGCCGAAGCACAAAGAAAACGUACUGGAAGAGCUGCCGAUGCUUGCUGAGAUAUGUCGAAGGACGCUGGAGUUCAUCCCGUCAGUUUCUCAAGUUAUGAGAAGGGACGUUCUUUCGGCACUUUCAGAGAUGUCCAAUACUGGUGAAAGCGACGCUGCCACCAUACAAGACGACCCUCUUGUUCGUGAGGUUGUUGACAACUUGGUAGCUUCGUUUGCAUUUUCUAUUGCGCAGCAGAUUCUAGCCCAAACUUCCACCAAAGCCUUACCAAUUCCUCCUUCUACCUUGGCAUCGCCAGACGGUCAUGAGCCGAAAGCGGCGAUACCUGAGCCAAAGACCAUGAUGCACCCAGCUAGAACCUCAUCAUUAAGUGUGCGUCGAGGCGGAGCCGGCGGAACCCGCCCACCACCUAGUCCCAAUGCCUUCCCGGGUCGACGGAUGAGUUUGCCUGACCACGAAGGCACACAGUCGACAUACUUGAAGGUUGGCUUGGAGGAGCUCGCUGCUAGAAGAGCGGAACUCUAUGCGCUGUCCAGGAAUAUUCUCGAGGAACGUGGCAAGAAGCGCGGAUGGAACGACGGAUGGGCCAACGUCCCAGUCAUUGGGGAGUCCACUAUGGUCGACAUGGUGGAAAUAGAUCUCGGAGAGGAAGAAGGCAGCCCAGGUGGGGAGGACGCAGCGCCGGGUAGACACGAACCAGUCGUGUUCUUAUCCGGCAUUGACAGCAGAUUGCUGAAGACCGCGCUGGAUAACAGCGGAGAUUUCUAUCGCCUAUAUGAGAUCCUCACCGACAAAGCCCUCCGGCACUACACAGUUGCGAACCACACGCACUCCAUCCAAGCCAGUAUGGCUGACCUUGCGGUCUUAAAAUACCAUUUGGGUGAUUAUGGUUCUGCCGCGUCCUACUUCUGGAGGACCACUCCAUUCUUUGGGGAGAGCGGAUGGAGCCUCCUUGAAUUGUCGAUGCUUGUGAUGUACUCAAAAUGUCUGAAGCAGCUUGAGCGUAAGGAUGAAUAUGUCAAGGUCUUGUUGAAGCUGUUGUCCAAAGCCGCUGCCGCUGAGCGGGAUCGCCAGCUUGCGAAGUCGUCGUUCAGAAUCGGCAAGAAGCAGCAGGCGGACUAUCCCGAGGGUGAAGCAAUCAAAGGGUUUUUGCACGACUUACUCGUGGAGGCAAAGGCGCUCCCCAACGCGGUGCGAAUGCCCCUUUCAAACUUCUUCUCCAGCGUUGAAGUCGACGGCCCUCCAGAGUACCAUCUAGGACGGGACAGCGUGUCGAUCAACUUGAAAGUCAGCAGCUUGCUUGUGGACGAUCUGAAGCUCGAAAGCGCAAAAUUACGGAUCGUGAAUACGACUGCCAGACUGCAGAGGGAGAUUUGGCUUGAGCAAGAGGGUCCCAUCACGAUUAGAACGGGGAGCAGCAAACUCAAGCUCAUCAGCAAUGCUGCAAUACCAGGCUCGUAUGAGAUCGAUAAGAUCGACUUGAUAGCCAGCAACUUGUGCUUCCACUAUGAACGUGAGACUGGCUACCCCCUAGAUAGGGCCAGCAGCAUUCUGAAGUCCCCAUAUGUCUCUGUCUAUCAUCAGGCCGAUGCGCUUGAUGCCAAGCUCCAUGCGUCAAAGCACAUCCAACUCGACCAAAGCAACACAGUGGACAUUGAGUUAGACACGGGGUGGAACGAGGUGAUCAGCGCUGAAGUACGAGUCAAGGCUGCUGCCGGAGGCUUGAGAUUGCUCACAAGUGAGGCCCAAUGCCUUCAUUCCUCCAUCAAGUUUUGCCGCCCGCCAGAAGGUGGUCUCUUCUGUUUCGAUUCGAUACCCCCGAGGACGACUAUAAGAGCUCGCUUUCCGUACACGGUCGAGCAGGAAACACCCAACGUAGCCGUGCGUAUCGAAGUGUCCUACGUGACCGAGCAUGGCACCUUCGUCUUCUCCAAGACACCGACCAUCCACACCGGUCUGGCGCUAGGCGUCAAUGUCCAGGAUGUCUUCAAGCACAGCGCGCUAUUUUCCCGCUUUACGGUAUCUACUGCAAGUCCCAGCCCCUUGCGGUUGUUCAAAAGUGAACUCGUAGCGUCUGAUAUCUUCGAGUCCGACUAUGGCGUCCCACCUGCUCAGUCAGUGGUGAUAUUCCCCCGACAGCCCGCCAGCCUGUUAUACAAGACAAUACGAAAAGCCGAUGCCAGGGCCCACCCUAAAGCAUCCAAAAUGAUGUAUCUCAAGCUACAAUACAGCAUCCUCCAUGAUGACAUCGAAUCGUUGGUCGAGGAUUCCCUGGUCAAGGCUUUACAUGAUACCCCAUUGCGCCGCUACUCCCGACUGCUUACAUCAACUGUUUUGCCCCGUGUGCGAAGCGACUUGACAGGACUCGAGCUUGAACGUGCCUCCCUUCUGGGCUCGGUUUCUACGGCGUUCCUAACUACCGUCAAUUGGGCGAGGUCUUUUGCCGGCGUAGGUCAGAGCUCAGACGGUGUCAAUAUUUCUGAUAUACUCGGGGCUUUCCUUCAGAAAUGGCUUGCUGAAACCCCUGCACUAGUGCUGCCGACGUCGCAGCCAGCUGAACCGACCUCCAUCCUGAUCCCGGUGGACAUUCCUCCAGUCACCAUAGUACACACAGCCGACAUCCGCCUCCAACCACCGCCCUCCCCCGUCUCAUUUCUAGACGCCGCCACCCCGACCGUCUGCACCCAUCAGCUGCUCCCAGCCACGCUGCACCUGAAGUGGACGCGCAUAUGGGAUACGGCCACGCCACCGUCAGACCAGAAGGAUCUCGAGUUCAGCUACGAGUUAUCAGCACCGCAGGACACGUGGCUACUGGGUGGCCGGCGCAAGGGCCACUUCGUCAUACCCGCGCCAUCAGGGGCCGUUGGUAACGGCAACGGCCACAGCAGCACCGCCGAGACGGAGGCCGAGAUCCCCAUCCUGCUCAUCCCGCUGCGCGAGGGCUUGCUGCCAUACCCGGGUGUCGAUAUACGGGAGGUGCGCACGGAUGUCGGGCCCGCCAGUGGUGGUCAGACGCCGAUUGAGGGCCCGGCGGCAGCACCGAUAGGAGCAGGUGGCGUCAUGGCACAAUUUGAGACGGACUACAGGAACAUGGCCGAGACGGUCAGGGUCAUCGCGGAUAGGGCGCGUGUGACGCUCAGUCUAGACGCCAGUGGUCCCGGUGGCGGGCCGUUGGUAUUAGAUGUCGAGAGGCGGGCCUUGGAAGGGCGUGUGGUCGCAUGA